AUGCUUAUUAUUUUUAUGGUUGGCUCUACUAUGCAAAUGGAGCAACCAGAUUUUGAGAAUUUGAGCCAACUAAAAACAGAUGUGGCAUUACUAAAAGCAGAACUUGUUCAAGUGAAAGCCAAGGCUGUAAUUGGUUGUCGCGUUUGCUUUCAAGAAACCGAAGGUUCAAGUCAAUGUCAAGGAACUCGAAAUAGUUGUUCCAGUUGGAGUAUGUAUGCCGAUUGGACACAACCAUUUCGUGAUGAUACUGAUGGGCGAGAUGGUGGCUGUCACUACCAAUGGAAAGUGGAAUGUCUCAGCGGAAUUUAA